AAAAAGGUCAAAGAUUUUGCCACCGAGUGACUCAUCGCCUCUGCACUGAAACUCCAGGUCCGGGUUAGGCCACGCCCCCUUUCUCCCACCUGUGGAGCUGUGUGAGAGCUCCCAGCUCCUAUCUGCAUAAGCACCGAGGACAAGAUGAGUCUGCCGGACUACAAAUCAGCUAGCAAACCGUCUUUACCCGGGGUUCCACACUCUCAUGUUGUGCAGUUAAAUGUCGGAGGUCACCUGUUCAGCACCUCUCUGAGCACGCUCAGGAAACACCCUGACUCAAAGCUGGCAGAGCUGUUCAGCGCACAGCCAAAACUAGGCACCGACCCACAUGGACGCUACUUCAUUGACCGGGAUGGUUCACACUUUGGAGCUGUCCUCGACUUCUUGAGAUCACAGCAGCUGCCCACUGCGAACAUCCACGAGGUUCACAGGGAGGCUGUGUACUACAACAUCAAACCACUGAUCAAACGUCUGGAGGAAAUGCCUCAGCUCUUUGGGGAGCUGGUGGGAAGGCAGCAGUUCCUCUCCAGAGUCCCGCACUACAAGGAGAACAUUGAGGUGCUGAUUCGUAUCGCCAGAGCCGAGGCCAUUGCUGCGCGCCACUCCACCAUCAUGAUCUGUGUACUGCGAACAGAGGAAGAUUUGAGUUUCUAUGACUCAGCCAUCAACAGCCUGGAGGCGGAUAAGGAGUCGGUGGUGACUUUUGGACCGUGGAAGGCCAUCCCAUCUGUCAAAGACUUGCUGGACUGUGUAAAGACGGACAUUGAGGGUCAGGGCUACAGGGUGAGCAUCCAGCCUCACGUCAUGGAGAGGAGCUUCCUGUCCAGGACCUACAACUACUUCUACAAACUCAUAUUCACCUGGUGGUGAUGCUUUUCUGCAGAAGUGGAAACUGUACAUAAUGUUUCUAAGAGUAACAUGCAACAUUUUAACAAGUUAGUUAUUAAAGGCUGACCAAGUUGCUGCAGGUUUUCCAGGUUAUUUAUAUGUAAGUUUACGCACCAUCUACUGUAAAAUAAGGUCUCAGUUUUCAAAAUUACACAAGAGAAAAACGCAGGUAAUUUAUAAGGUAUGGUGGGUUAAGAUAAAGUGCUGCAUCCACCAAAGUAUUAUUGCCAUAACUUCUUAAUGUCUUAUAAUUAAUUUGAGGUGCUUCUAAAUAUGGAUAUUUGAUCACAUUCUAUGUAUUGUCAGUGAAAUCAUAUUUUACUACUGCUAAACUUUAAAUAAACUAAUCAUACAGUUA